UUUCACAUUUUUCCGAGUUUCAAUUUCGCAUUUUGUAUCAAAAUUCAUAAAAGAAAGAAAAAGAAGAUGUCUGUGCUUGAUUCAGAAACAGCUGGUCAUCACAUUGAUAGAGUGACGAUAAAUGCAGCCAAAGAAGCGGGCGUUGACACAUCAGGAUUGUUCACUGGAGCAACCAAUGUGACCAAGUAUGACAUACCACUUGGGCACCUGGACUUCAAAUAUAUCGAAAGCUGUAACGAUGUGAAAGAACUAGAGAAAAUAUACAAAAUUCUUAAAUCUGGUUCUGAAGGACACUACCCUGACUUGGAAGUUGCUUGUGAGAAGAGGGUUAAAGAACUAGCACCAAAGAGUCGAGUCUUGAGGAAAGAAGAGAAAGUGAAAACAAAGAAAGAUCUCCAGCAUAACGAUGCGCAAGAAUUAGAAGAGGACCUCGAGUCUUGGUCGUCUCAGAUGAAGUCUAUGGAAGACACAUUAGCUGCGACAAAAGCCAAGUCGUCAAAUGAUGACCUGCCCCCUAUCAGAGGAUCUGGAACUACUAAUUCGAUCCCCAUAUCCAAAGACUCGCCGGCGAUGGAAAGUUCUAAGAAUAUGAAGAAUAAGAGAGUGCAACCACGGGAUUAUAAGGAGUGGGAUAAAUUCGAUCUCGAAGCCGAACUCGACAAAGCCGGCAAGGAGGAGUCCAAGAAGCCGUCGUAUGUUAAACCGAAGAAACUCGAGCAUGUCGACGAGACGAUAUCAUCAUUGGGGAUGACACGGCAGGAAAUCGAUCGGAAGGCGGAGAUGGAGAAGAACAAAGGGAACGAGUAUUUUGCCUCCCAGGAAUAUGAUGCGGCCAUCUUGUAUUAUUCGCGUAGUCUUUCUCUCGUUCCGUCGGCAGCUUCUUAUAACAACCGCGCACUGGCAUACCUGAAGCUCGAGAAAUGGAACCACGUGGUUACAGAUUGUAAUCAUGUCCUCCAGAUGGAGGAGAUGAACAUAAAGGCGUACCUCCGUCGCGGAUCGGCAUACAAGGGACUGAAGGAUUAUGGGAAGGCCGCGGAUGAUUUCCGUGAGGUGUUGACGGUGGAAUCUCACAAUCCGAGGGCAUUGAAACUAUUGAUUGAAACAGAAGAGUUGAAAGAGAAGCAAGAAGAAAAGGAAGAGACGGAGCAGAAGACGAAAGCCAGACGGAUGGUGAUCGAAGACGUCGAGGGCAGUGAUGAAGAAGUGGAGGAUAUCGAGGCUGAAUCUGCUCCAGAGGCGAGUAAAAAGGGACGGAAGAUGGUGAUUGACGAAGUAGAGGACUCUGAUUCUGAGAGUGAAGGUGUUUCGCCCCCUGGUGGUGGAGAACAGAACAAAAUGGUCAACGGACAUGUGGAAAGUCACGCAGAAUCCACCGAUAUGACUGCAGCUAAGGGCAAUGGCGUUGCCACGGAAACGAAAGAAAGUUGUGAAUCGAAUGAUGUUACGAAAGAAAAUAGUGAGACUAAAGAUGUGCCGAAAAGGACUAAUCCAUUCGAUAAGGAAUCUAGUGAAAACAAAGACUGGGCUUUGCCAAAUACAGCAACAGGUGCUAGUACUAGUGAUGCAUCGGAGGUGGCGCCACCUACAGUUGAGGAGGGACAUCUCGAACCCAAGGAGGCGCAAGUUGUCGUGAGGCCGGAGCAACCUGUGGUCGCCGGGCCGAAGAUCAUCGAACCGGUCGAUUUGCCGGCUGACGUGUUGGCUUUGAAGACGGAAGGGAACGAUUUGUUUAGAGCUGGGCAGUACGGUGAAGCGAUUACAAAAUAUUCCAAGGCUCACCACAAGUUACACAAAGAUGACCGCCAGUUCUACAACUGCUCCCUGUUGCUAAGCAACCGUGCAGCUUGUAAAAGUAAGAUCGGCGAUGCGAGAGGUUGCAUCGAGGAUUGUAACGAAUCACUCAAGUUGGUCCCUCACAGUAUCAAGCCGUUGUUACGCCGGGCACAGGCUUACGAAAUCCUAGAAAAAUACAAGAAAGCCUACAUUGACUACCGCCACGUCUUAGCCAUCGACAGUCGCACAGACGUCGCGCUACAGGGCUCAUCAAGAUGUAGCAAGACGUUAUUCAAUCAAGACGGCGUCGCGUGGCGUGAUAAGAUUCCGGAGAUUCCCACGGUCAAGCCGGAAGAUAUAUCUGUGAUUGCUGGUCCAGGGGAUGUCGUGAAUACUCCACCGUCAACACCAGAGGGGCCACCUGAGACAACACCAGAACCCGUGGUACCGGAGAAAACAGCAGAGGAAAAGUUUUUGGAGGUAAAGAACGAGGGGGCCGCAUUUGUGCAAAAGCAAGAGUUCAAGAAAGCCAUAGAUGCUUACACCACCUGUAUUGAACUCUUCCCAGACAGAGCGGUCAGUUACACAAACAGGGCACUGUGUUACCUCAGACUCGAUAAGGCUGUAGAUGCACUGAAUGACUGCAGUGAGGCACUCAAAUUAGAACCAACUAACGUCAAGGCGUACUUCAGGAGAGCUCAAGCUAAAAAGAUGCUGAAGCUCUACAAGGUCAGUAUGGAGGAUCUGCUGAACCUGCUGAAGAUAGAUAACAAGAAUACGCCGGCACGGAAAGAACUUGAUAUUGUGCAGAAAUAUUAUAAAGAGGAGUUGUUACAUCAAAGAAAGGAAAUGGCGAGCAAACAAGACGAAGAGAAGAAACAAAAUGGUGAUAAAAAACAAGAUGGCGGAGGUAAAAAACAAAAUGGCGGAAAGCAGAGGAAGAAGUUGAUCAUCGAAGAAGUGAAUGGGUCUUCUGAUGAGGAGGAGAAAACGAAAGCGACCGAGAAACCAACUCAAAAACAGAUGACACAGAAGAACAAGCAGGAGACGAAAACGGCGCCGCCAAGCGAGGGAAAACGGAACAAGAAAGACAGGCGGAAAGGUGGCAAGGUGGCCACUGCCCCAACGCUAAGUAAAAAGACGCCGUACGAAUUCAUGCACGCGUGGAACUCCCUGAAGAAAAGUCAUGACAUCGAACAGUAUGCGAAACUUAUUGAGCAGAUUAGGCCACAAGAACUACCAAAGUUGAUCAGCAACAAGUUGGAAAGUAACAUGUUGACAGUAUUAAUCAAAUGCGUACAACAACAUUUCUUAGAAAAAGACGCUUCCGUUUCGUAUAACCUUCUAUUCCACCUCCAAAAAGUCGACCGCUUCAAACUUGUUACCAUGUUCGUACCAGAGGCUGAUAAGACGAUGUUAAACGCCAUAUUCGACUCCUUGACGUCGGCAAGUGGCGUCACCUAUAGUCAAAAGGAUGUAGAGACACUAAAAGGAAGCUACAAUGUCUGAGAGGACGACAUUCCAUUUCAACCAAUCAGAGACAUUCGUUUUCGUUGCUGCGAAUCUGUUGGUGUCUCCGGUGAUAUGUUAAUGUGAUAUAUUCCGUAUUCUUCUGUACAGCUGUCCCUCCAGUGCCGCACAAACAAGCAAUCUUUAUCACGGCGACCUGCAAUUUUAAUUGCUGCAAUGUGUGACAAAAGAUCUCCUACCAUUAAUUUAAGUUUAGGUAAUCAUAGCUUAUAUGGGAGUUAUACAAUAUGGAAAGUAUAUAAUCUUUUUUUCGACGCCUAGUAGCAUGAAAAAGGCAGCUUCUACAUUUGCAUUUGGCAAAACCGACUCGCAGUUUAUUUGCUUUGUCUUUAAAUUAAGCCUCUUUGCAAAACGCUAAUUGCUGAUUUCUUUAACUUUUGUUUGUUUUAGUUUGACUAAACUAUGUUUAAAACAUUCAAUAUAAUCGAUAUGCUUUUGAAAAAUGAAUGCUGUGAUGAAAGCAGUUGCAUGUGCUUGUUCAUGAAGCUCUCCGUUGUAAUGUUCAAAAUGUACUUAUAAUUUUGGGGUAAAGUCGUAUCCUUUGUGCUAAAUAUGCUUGGAAGUUCCUGGGGCAUUUUAAUGCAUGUAUCAAUUCGUACCUUGUACCCCUCCCCUCCCACCUCAAGGGUAGACAAGAUACGAUCUUAACGUUUCUUAAAGGUAUGUAUUUCCUCGCGUCAUGAAGACACGACAGAGACUUUUUGGCAUGCCAUGGUACUGGGUCAGUCUUGUGAUCAGAUCAAUAACGCAUGGGCCCUCGUUGCAAUUUGGCAACAGUGACAGUUAAAGGGUUAAGAAUCAAUAUCUAAUGAUAAGGCAUCGAAUCCUUUAGGAUGGAGGGGGUACUAGCUACGAAUUGACAGUUGCAGAAAUGCUCACUGGCUGUGACAGUAUGUGCUAAAAAAUCUACUUACUCUUUAAUUCACUUCAUGUAAAUGUGAAAGGUUUUUUUUCAGGUUUCCAGGAGUACAGCGGAACCUCUCUAUUACGGACACCCUCAGGACCGACAAGUGCUGUCCUUAUUAGAGAAGUCAAAUUGAAUGGAAACAACCAAUUGGGGACCGAAAGUAGUGUCCUUGAUAGAGAGGUUGUCCUGAAUAGAGAGCUUGUCCUUAAUAGAGAAGUUGUCCGUAAUAGGGAGGUGUCUAGUGGAGAGGUUCCACUAUUUAUCUAAAUAUCCAAGAGUACGUCAUUGUCAGAAUGAUGCUGGUCUGAGUGUUAGUUGUAACAAAUAUAGAUUAGUGCUUCAUCAGAACUCAGGAAAGAUGGUACCAGCCCUGUGCUAAUAUAAAAUUGAAUUUAUUGUGUAGGUUGUGACUGUCAGCUAUGUCACAGCAGGUUUUGGCGUUAUGAGACUCCGCCAUGGCGAAAAUUCCUCUUCAGAGUUUUACGUACAGAAUUUCAUUCUUGGUGGAUUUAAACCCUUUCUACUGAAGACCUUGUCAUGAAAUUUUUACAGAGGAGAAAUUUACCGGUACAUAAACUACAAGAGUGGCGCAAGCCUUUGCUAUGUCUUCAUAAAUGAGACUAGUUCCUGUAUGAUGUGUACAUUGGAGCAUUGUGGUUCCCUGGUAGCAUACCUGGGGACGGAAAAAAGCUAAUGUUCGUGACUUAGCUGACAAUCCCCACCGAAAACUAAGGUCAACAAAUGGAGUAAUAAACUAUAAAUAUCCCUGCACUGCACACUGGUAGUUCGACACACGAACCACUAAAAGCAUUUAGACAGCAGGAGACAAUGUGAAGUACAUUUGAAGUGAAAAUGUAUUAAAUUACUGGAAUUAAAA